AAAUCUAGCCCAAAAGAAAAAAAAAUGAACAGUGAGUACCGAAACACUUUCAAACCCUAAUCGAGGUUCACUCCACCUUAGAGCAGAGGGACGCUUGCUUUUGUACACACCCUUGAACGUUUCUCUCCCUAUCAUUUCUCCAAAAAUUCUCCCAGAAAAUUAUCUCUUUUUUUUUCUCGAGAAAAUCAAGUUCGGUUUCCUAUAGAGCACCGCGCGAUCAACAAGUUGAUCCGUCACUCGGGAUUAACUAUGGCCGAUGAGAAUAUUCACAACGGCGUGGCAUCAGAAUUGGAGGAUAGGACGGUGGAGAUUGAUGGAAUCUCGAGUAAGGAUCACGAUGAUCACGACUCCAGUCAGUCAGAGAUGAUUCGAAAGAUCGAGGUGUUACAGCACGAGAAAAUUGAAUUGGAACGUGAGAAUGAUGAGAUUAAAGAAAGAAUGGGUAAUCUGACAGUGGAGAUUGAAGGUUUGAUGAACGAUAAGAUGGAGAUGAGGGAAAAAUUGGGCAAGAUGGAGAGGGAGAUCGAACAGUCUGAAUCGGAUAAGAAGGCGGUAGAGGCAAUUGCGGCGAGGGCCUUCGAGCUCGAGACAGAAGUGUCGAGGUUGCAACAUGACUUGAUCUCGUCCAUGAGUGAAGGAGAGGAAGCAAAUGCGGAGGUUGUGAAAUUGAAAAGUCAGUUGGAAGAGAAAGUAGAGGAAGCAAAUGCGGAGGUUGUGAAAUUGAAAAGUCAGUUGGAAGAGAAAGUAGCGUACUUGGAGAAUCUUGAAAAAAAACAAGCGGGUUUGUGCAAAGAGGUGGAGAAAGUGAAAGCAGGACUUGAAUUAGCUGAGCGUAAAGUGAGAGUUGAAAGAAGUGAGAGGGUUAGGGUUGAGGAAGAGAUGAAAGUGAAAAUUGAAAAGAAAGAAACCGAGACAAGCGAGUUGAAGAGGCGAAUUGAAGAGCUAGAAUCGGUUCUUGCAAAGAAUGCUUUGGAGUUGGAGAAGAUGUUCAAGGAGAAGAUGGCUGAAACAGGAACCAGGGAUGAUAUUCUGGAAGCUGCAAAGAAAGAGAAUGAUAAGGUGCCAAUGCUCGAGUCCAAGAUAAGUAUGUUAAUGGAGGAAUUGGAGGAAUCAAAGGGGAUGGUUAAGGAAUUGAAGGAAAAGGUGGUUGGUGGUAUCAAUGGAGUGACGAUGGCUUCAGGGGAGAACACUGUGGGGGGUGAUGGAAUGGGCUCGAAGCUGCAGUGGCCAACGGUUGCAGUGUCAACAGGGACUGUUGUGGCCAUUGCAGUGGUGACCUAUCUUAGGUACGCCAAGCGAAGGUGAUGGCAGGGCAGAUAGAGAAGAACUGAGAUGCAGAAGAUCACAAGGUAGGUUUUUUUUAGUCCAACUGAUGUUGUGAUUUUGAUUUCAUUAGGUUAGUAUCUAUUUUGUUUUGCCUUUGUUUUUGAGCGUUAAAUUAUUAUUCACUCUAUGUUUUGGGUUUUUGCUUGGCUCCUAUUAGACUCGUGUUAAGCAAGUUUGAUCAUAACACAUUUGAUAAUUGAUAUGAGGAAUUCCUUCGAUUUCGCUUACUGCAA